CCAUCUUCCGCGGGUUGCGCAUUUACCGUCGUACACCAUAAACCAUACCUUAGCAGUUGACCUCAGUGAUAGUGAUGUCAAGUGAAUGAGUGUUUUGUGAUUAAGAUCCUUCACCCGCAAGAUGCAGCCGUUCCAGACAUCGGCGCGCGAGCCGCGCGAGCCCUCGCCCGACCGCGCCUCGUCCCCCGACACCCCGCACACCCCCGCCGCUCCCGCGCCCGUCCUCAACUUCUCCAUCGCCCGCCUCAUGGAGCCCGACCGCAAGAAGUCCGUCUCACCGGACCCGCCACCGCCUUUCUUGUCCUACGGAGCGCAGCUUCUCGACUCUGCUUUUAAGCAGUACAUCCCGGCGGCGAGGAGACAACUGGUCUCGCAGUAUCCUCUACUUUACUACGGACCAGACCUGGUGUCGUUAACGUAUGCUCACCAGCUACAGCUGCCGCGGCCACCGCCAGCUUCACCGCCCCGAGUACCCAGCCCUAGACCCGCCACUGAUGUUGUCUCUUCAACUACCGGUCCCACACCUUCCCCGGCUAAGAACAAAAGCUUCGCUUGCGGAGACUGCGGGAAAGUCUUUAAUGCGCAUUAUAACCUAACCAGACACAUGCCCGUCCAUACGGGAGCGAGGCCAUUUGUGUGCAAAAUCUGCGGUAAAGGCUUCCGACAGGCUUCAACUCUGUGUCGCCACAAAAUCAUACACACGUCAGAGAAGCCACACAAGUGCCUGACGUGCGGCAAGGCCUUCAACCGCUCCUCGACGCUUAACACGCAUGCGCGCAUCCACGCCGGCUACAAGCCCUUCGUCUGCGAGUUCUGCGGGAAAGGUUUCCAUCAGAAAGGAAACUAUAAGAACCACAGACUAACACACAGCGGGGAGAAAGCAUACAAGUGCAGUAUCUGCAAUAAGGCGUUCCAUCAGAUCUAUAACCUUACCUUUCACAUGCAUACUCACAAUGAGCGAAAACCGUUUACAUGCAGUAUUUGCGCUAAAGGAUUCUGCAGGAAUUUCGACUUGAAGAAACACACUAGGAAGCUACAUUUGGGAGCAAGUUCAUCUAAUAACGACUCGUCACUGGACACGCAAGACGAGUCGACGCAAGAGGCGAGUCCGGAGGAGGCCCGCGCGGCCUUUCGGCCUUUCCUCGGAUCCCCGUACCCUCGACUCUUAGACGCUCGACUUCCGGCGCCGAACACUUUCUUCUCAAAGCUCUUGUGACCCGCGGCUUACUUCAACAACUUCGGAGAGAACAACGAUUGAGUUGGAGAUAAAAUGCAAAUUAAGAUUCUGUAAAUAUGUUUGUUAGUGAAAAGUUUAAUACGGUGAUUCUCGUGCUUCGGUGUAUAAAUUUACGAACGUUGAAAUCUGCCUCAUCACGCGUAACAGCCGUAACAGCGAUUAAAAAACCCAUUCAACUAACAAAUGGCAUGCGAUUUUAGAUAAUAGCUGGCUAAGUACAUAGGAGCAACGAAUUCAAUCGAUCGAUCAAAGCCAAUCACAUGCCAUUAUCGUGACGUUUAGAGAGACCAUUAGGUUUCUCAAGCAAAUAAUUCCAAAUAUUAACUAAUACGGCAGUUAUGCAUGGUGGGCCAUAAAUGUAAAAAAUUACAGUUAAUAUGAAAGUGGAAAUACCUACUCAAUGUUAGCCGGUCCAUUCAGAUUAGAAUCUAAAUGCUAGUAGCUGUUAAUGGUCGAAUUGAUUGUGUGAUAAACUCAUGAUUUGUAUAUGUAGAUUCAUCGAUAGAAAGAGACACAAUUGAAAAAUAUAUAAUUAAUAUCAAGCAUCAAGCUCUAAAAAAAAAUGACCAAAAUACGCGUCCUGGCCCUGGGUAACGAAUUUGAAGUUAACGGCGACGGUAAUCUUUUGGAAACGUUCUUAAUUGAGAAUAUCUUCCAUGUGCAACUGAGUAGUUUGCAGUUUUUGAAAUUAUGUAUGAGUGAAAUCAGGAGAAGAAAUGUACACUACCUACCUACAGAGCUAUACUUGACUACUUGAGUAACAAAUAAAUAAGUAAAAAUAUUCUUUAUUGUUCCAAUAACAAUACUCGUACAUUUUACAUAUGAAAUUACUUACAAUAAAAUUUAGAAGAAAAUUAUAACUAGAUAACAACAGGCGGUCUUAUCGCUAAAACGCUCUCUUUAGAUCGAUAGCGAACCUUUGGAUAGCGAGAAAUGAAGAAUUCAUAUCAAAAGCUAGCUAGAGCUAAAAUAUAAAAGAAUGUUAACAC